AUGGGUACAUUCCAUAGAAGUGAAAAUACAUUUCAUUUUCUGAAAUAUAAAGAACAAAUCAAACAAAAAGUUCGAAUUUCUAAUCGUCGGAAUGAUUUAAUCGAUGAUGACACCUUGGACAGUUAUUUUGCUUUGACAUUGGAAAAUUGGACCCAUCUCAAUAAAAGCUGCGCAUUCGCUGAAUUUCGGUCGAUCAUCGCCCCUUAUGUUCUCAGUCUAAAAUUGAUAAUUUUGCAUAAGGAUGAAAUUCUUGUCAAUUUGCGUGAUUUUCUUCUUAAUAGCGACGAACUCUCGGCAGGACCAAUUUUAGAUUUAUUGUGUGCUCUGUCGUGCGACCUACGUGAGGAUUUUUAUCCUUACUUUGGAGAGUUCUUCGAAAUCAUUAAGAAUAUUAUUAUUAAAGAUAAUCAGGAUGCCGAUGUCCUAAACUAUGCCUUUAACUGUCUUUCACACUUGAUCUACUUCCUCCACCGAUUCAUUUCAAAGGAUAUUAAAAACUUUCUUAAUUUGUUUGUUCCUCUCUUGUGUAUGGCGUUUGUGAUGCGAAAAAUUCCCACACAAAGACUAUUUAGUCUUUUAUAUAAAUUGAAUCAAGAACAGGAAUUGAUUUCUUGCAACUUCUGUGGAACUAUUCUUGCGGAAAUCUUGAGCUCUCCUGAUGGAAACUUUCAUUCAUCGUCGGUUGAGAUUUUUCAUGUUCUCCUUGCUCUGAUAACAAAAACGGAUAUACCCGAGGGCUUGCAAUCGAAUCAAUCACUUCUUGAAAUGCAGGAAAAUGAUGACAUCGCUCUUUUCUGCAAAAAUAUUCUCAUUUCGUCGCUACAAACUCUCGGAAAUAGAAAAUUAAAUGCUGAGGCUCUUUUUACAAUAUGCAAAUUGACUUUCUCCUAUUUCUCUCAUACUCCAGACUCAAGGUUUUUGAUCCUAGUAUCGUGCUGUGACGAGCUUAUCGGCUUGAUGCAAGACAAACAUUGUCUACAUCAAUACGAAGUCAAUAUUGAAAAGUUCCUCUUUGAAAGUUUUUCCAAACAUCCAAAGAUUCAGUUGGCGGAACUUAUUGUCAAGUUUCUUAAUCUUGCAUCCAAUCAUUUCAACCCAUCUCGACUAAUGAGUUCGGUAUUGAUUGGAUCGGAUUUUACCUCCGUUCAACAGAUAUCUCUUAUGGAGCCUAUAGUUCGACAUAGAUCUUUCGAAAAAGAUUUCACGCAGAUCUUAUCUGAUGUUAUUCUCAGGCGUGACACAAAUGAACCUAUUGAUGAUGUUACGUUAACCUUUCUCGCGAAACUAGUUCUUAUUCGUCAACCGCCUUCCUCUUCAGUCAAACCACUUAGUCCUCUGAUUUGCCUUUCAUUGGCUUCAGGGCAUUAUACUCCAGAGGUCUUGCAUAAGAUCGUUAAUUGGAUCAUCCAACCACUAUCCGAAUCUACAAUUUCUGUUGAUCGAAAACUAUGCUCCUCGAUUAUACUUCCUCAUUUAAGCCCUCUCUCGGUGAAUGAGGUUAGACCAAUAAUUACCGGAGAGAUUCAGUCAACUUUCAGUCAUCUAAAAGAAUUGGAUUUAAAUACCGAGGACUUUACAAAAUCAGCGUCCUACUUGUGCAGUUUGUACGAGGCCUUAUUUUCUUGUGAUGAAUCAAUUACCGAAUUCUAUAUAGAUGUUCCUUUUCUACAAGAAGCAGCUCUAUCCAAGAGAUAUGAUAAUUUGGAGCUGUGUGCUAUUCUGCUUCGUAUUAUUGAAAUAAGUGGACGGAAAGUCGAGCUCAGUGGGUUGAAAGCCGAUACCAUCAUUCCGAUUCUACUCUCUCCCAGCCAUACGGUAGGACAAUUUAAUUUUGUCUAUUUUGCUGUUUCUUAG